UACAGAGCUGCAGUACGCAUGCGUGAGGCCGCUCCUCCGUGACGUCACUCAGUUCUUUCUCGCAUCUCUCCGAUGCUCCUAGCUUAUUUUCGUAGUAACGCUUGAUAGUGAAUUUAAUUCUUUGUCGUGGUUCUAAAAGUUGUUUGAGUGAACAGAAAACAUUAUUCUUUGAUAUCGAAGUGGCAAGUGUUGUGAAAUUAAACUCAUUUAUUGGUAAUUGUUUCUCGCGACGUAAAAAGUUUCCUUAAUCAAUCCUUUUCGCUAUAGACUUUUGCAGCUUGUUUACACACAAAGUUUACGGCCACUCGAUAAGCGAGAGUCGUGCAGUGCAGUCGUAUCAGGGAGAUACUGUAGUGAGUUUUAUUAGUUCGGACAUCGGAUGUGUAAACGGUAAUAAUACUGAAGUGAAUUUGUUUCGGAUGUGUAAACGGUAGCGACAUAGUGCAAUAUGGAGAGCGCGGUUCACGCACCGCUGCGUGUGGGGAAGAAGAUGCGAAAAAGACGGGAGUUGGACGCUUUAGUGGGAGGCGGGGGAGCUCGAGGAGGGAGGCUGCUGUCUGCGUCUAGUGACGAAGGGGAGCCGUGGGGAAGACGGACGACGCGGCGACGUCGCUCCCGCCCGUUCCUCCGCAUCGCUGCAGCACUAGCCUUGUGUGUAUGCGUCGUGUCCGCUGCUACAGUACUAUGGCUCUUCGUGGAUGUGAGGAGGCAGAUCGUGUCUCUACGGAUAGAGAUGGACCGAGUUUCAACAAGCAGCGCAGGCGUCGGUGACGAACUACAAGUAUGCCACACACAAGCGAAAGAGUUGAGAACGAACGCGAGCGAACUAAGCGCUCGGUUAUCAAAACUGGAGCUCGAUUUUCAAGAGCUGACAAAACAAAUGACACAGACGGCGAAAGAGUUGAGCGCUGUGUCAGAGCAGCUGUCUGCAGCGCCCAAGUUAGCAGACAUGCCGCGGCGCCUGGCGGAGCUGCAGCGAACUGUGGCUGACUUCGGCUCGCAGAUCAGCGGUUUCGACACUUCACUGACAUCGGCAAAGAAGCAAGCCACCACAGCCACGUCAGGGGUCGAUGAAUUGAAGACUCUUCUAUCACACCUCGAAGGCAGAACAAACGAGACAAUCGCCAACCUUACCGCGUCCUCUAAGAAGGAGGAUGAACUGAAGGAACAAAUGACCUCCUUGAAUACUACUCUAGUGAGCAGAAUCGAGGGGCUGCAGGCCAAAAUUGAUGAUAUGACAAAGCUGUCAAGUACAGCGGCACCCGUGAGCUCGACGACGACGGCAGCGCCGAGCGCGGCGCCCGCGCCCCACGCCCUCAACGCCACCAUCCCACCCGGACCAGCUAAACCAUUCGUGCUCCAAUGAAGACUAAACAACUAGAAUUAACUAUACAACUCAACGAGUCAAAUUAAAGUAAGGGUUGCUCAUAAACUUGUCAACGUCCACACGACAAAUAUUAUUUUUCCAAAAAAAAAAUUGACGUCAAAAAAUAUACCAUCCAGUUUAAAGUAAGGUAAAGAAUGAUAUUUUUCGCGGGAUUUCUAACAGGAGUUUAUCAUAAGUGCACUUGUACUCUAGUCCAGUCUAUU